AUCCUUUUUCUUUGUCGCCUUUCACAGGCAGGAAUAAUUUUCUUCAUAACAUCAUCACAUUAGUUACACUAUUUUUGAUUUUGUGGGACAACAUUAGAUACAAAGAGAGUAUGCUGCAGCAGAAAUCCAGCAAAGCAUGGCUAGCGAAUGGAAAUGCAAACACGAAAUUUUUCCACAAUUGUGUGAAGGGGAGAUGGAAGAGGAAUGAAAUGAAUAGCAUUCAUGUAAAGGGAGUUCAGAUUACAGAGGCUAAUAAAUUGAAAGAAGAAAUUGCCACCUUUUUUGAGGAAACAUUCACGGAGGAGCAAUGGAUGAGACCAUCUUUGGAAGCACUCCAAUUCAAACAAACUUCCCUAGCAGAUAAUGACUUCCUCACUGCAUCUUUCACUGAAGAAGAGAUCAAGACAGUUGUUUGGGACUGUGAAAGUUCAAAAGUGCCGGGACCUGAUGGCUUCAAUUUUAAAUUCAUCAAGAGUGAAUGGGAGACAAUCAAAGGGGAUGCUAUUGAAGUUCUACAUGAAUUUCAGAAGAAUGGCAAACUUGUGAAGGCUCUAAAUACGUCAUUCAUAGUUUUUGUGCCAAAAGUUGAGAAUCCACAGAAAAUAGAAGAGUAUAGACCAAUUUCGUUGAUCGGGGGAAUGUACAAAAUCCUUGCAAAGUUACUUGCUAACCAACUUAAGAAGGUGUUGGCUGGAAAAGUUGGUGAACAGCAAAUGGCAUUUUUAAGCGGUUGGCAAUUAAUGGAUGGGGUUGUAAUAGCAAAUGAGGUCAUUGAUGAAGUAAAAAAGAAGAAGAAGGAUGCAUUUUUGUUUAAGAUUGACUUUGAGAAAGCUUAUGACAAGGUUAGUCGGAGAUUUCUUGAAUUUAUGUUGCAAAAGACGGGUUUUUCAAAUACUUGGAGAAAAUGGAUUAUGGAGUGCUUAAGUUCAAGCAUGGUGUCGGUUUUGGUCAAUGGCAGCCCUACAAGACAAUUCACUAUCUCCAGAGGUCUUCAGCAAGGGGAUCCACUAUCCCCAUUGUUAUUUUUGAUUAUUGCAGAAGGGAUUAAUGGGUUGGUUUUGAAUGUAGUGGACAAAGGUCUACUUGAAGGUGUAGAAGUGGGAGAUAAAGGUUUCAAGGUCACACAUCUCCAAUAUGCAGAUGACACAUUGCUGUUCGGCACAGUUACCGAUGAAAAUGUAUGGGCUAUGAAGAGCAUUUUGAGGACAUUCGAGCUGGUAUCGGGGCUAAAGAUAAAUUUUAACAAAAGUCAGCUCAUUGGCAUCGAAGGCGUGACCAAAAAACUAUCCACAUGGAAAGGGAGAUACUUAUCUCUAGGAGGAAGGAUCACUCUCAUUAACUCAGUGCUAUUCAGUCUACCCGUGUUUUGGAUGUCCGUGAACAUGAUCCCGAAAGAAAUAUGGCAGGGAUGGGAACCAAGAUAUAAUUGGUUGAGGGAGGGUAAUGGUUUCGAAUCAAGAUGGUGGAGGGAUAUUUGUAGGCUGAAUGUCACAGAUAAGGAGAAUGAGGGUUGGUUAGCAAAGGGGCUGAGAAUUAAAAUAGGAGAAGGGGAUAGUGUAAAAUUCUGGUGGGAUGAUUGGUGUGGGAGAGGAAUAUUGGCUAACAAAUACCCAAGACUUUACUUAAUAUCUGUAGGUAAAGAUAAUACAGUUUCACAGAUGGGAUGGUGGCUCAAUGGCAUCUGGAUAUGGAAAUUGCAGUGGAGGAAAAGGUUAUAUAGCUGGGAAGUCCAAGAAGAAGCAGAGAUCUUGAAGGAAAUUCAGGAAACAACAAUCACAAGAGGAAAAACUGAUGUAUGGGAGUGGAUACAUAGCAACAAUGGGGUAUACACAACAAGGUCUGCUUACAAGGCACUCACAAUGGAGCUCAAGCGGGAACAACUGGGAGUGACCCUUCAAAAAGUAUGGAAUGCAAUGGUCCCAAAUAAGGUUUCAGCAUUUUCAUGGCAACUUCUACAGGAUAAAAUCCCUACAAAGGCAAAUCUUCUCAAAAGAGGUAUAAUUCAAAACAUGGAGGAUUGCAAAUGUGAAUUUUGCGGGCACCAAAUAGAGGAAACCAGCCACAUAUUCACGCACUACAAAGUGGCAUAUUACCUGUGGAAUGCUUGCUUCAGGUGGUGGGGAUUUAGAACAGCGCUGGACAAAGAAGGGUUUUGGUUGGCAAGAAAUGAUAGCAUAUUUAAGGAAAAGAAGUUGACAAAUGCAGGACCCGGUAUCUUGCUUAAGAGGUGUUGCAGCAAGGAAAAGGCAAAUAGGGUGACAAUACCAGAGUAAGCAACUGAUUUCAUAGGAAGGGGCACUCGAUUAUUUCUAAGGCUAUAUGUAUUUUGGGGGAAUUAGUUGCUGAAUGAGCACAUAUAUCCCUGUAAAAGGUUUGGAGUACACCCAACACUCCUAUAAUGGAAAAUUGUCUUUGCUUUUCAAAAAAGAAAAAGAAAAAA